AUGAUCCCCGAUUACCGCAUCCCCACUGCAGGACCGGCAAAGGUCUUAGCCGAAGCCACAGCGGGACCCGGGCGCUGGACGCAGGUGCUCUCCACCUCAGGUUCCAACUGCCGCAAGGAAGAUUCCUCGUGGCAGUUCGCACUGGAUGAGGCUCGAGUAUCCCCACCUGUCCGCGUCGGCUCCAAUCUAAAGCUGGGAAUGGUUUCCUCUAUCAAACAGAGGAACAGAGCCAGCUCACUGGGCUUCCGUCUCAUCGAUACCGACACCAUCUUUCAACAGACAGUGGGCCUUUCAAGACGUGCUUACGCAUCCAAGCACGGUUACAGCGAUUGCCGCGCUCAAGAGCUGAAGCUGUUGGAGGACGUCCUCGUUCAGAGCCCGACACGAUCCAUCAUUGUCUGCGGCCCAAUCUGUGUUGAUGGAUCAGGCCAAGCUCUUCUUCGCACCUUUGCGAAGGACCACCCCGUCAUCUACAUUCUCAGGGACUCGGAAGGCAUCUCACAGCAUUUGAAAUGCCCUGCGACGACUGUCUCCGGCAUAGUAGAGGCCGGCAACCCAACGUUUCGAUCUCUUUCCAACUUUGAAUUCUUCAAUCUUGCCGAAAGUCGGGCAGACCAGCGUUACAAUGGGCGCGAACCAAGCCUUCCUUCACAAAUACCGACACUGGCCUUGAAGGAGGUCCAGAAAGACUUUCUGCACCUGGUUUAUAGCAUUCAAGGCCGCGCAGCGGCUUGGACAGCACAAGCUCGCACGCCCACCGCGUUAGCAGCCCUGGAACGCAAGUUGUACACAUACGCCCUUCAGUUGCCGUUGGAGCAGGCACCUCAGAUGGCCUCGAUCCUGCGUCAACGAGAUUGCCUCAUUGACGCAAUCGAAUUUAGGGUAGACAUUUCAACCGUUUCAGGAACAUCUUCAUCAUUUGAUCACUCUGCAGCCAGCCACAUCACCAAAUGCUUCUGGCUGAUUCGGAACGCAUCUAGACUGCCCUUGAUCUUUCAUAUCUUGCCCCCUUCGGGAUCCCCGCGAGCAUCAUACGACACUUCGAAUCCUGCUAAUGCGGCGGAUCUUUACUGUCAGGUUGCGCUCUUCGCCUUGCGGCUUGUUCCUGAAUACUUGACCGUUGACCUGGGUCUCGGUACCGCGCUCGUCGAGAGCAUAAUUGUAGCCAAGGGACAUACCAAAAUCAUCGGCAAUUACCAUGACAGUAAUGCCAAUACCAGCGGUUGGAGGGACGAGCACCGCAUCUCACUUGUCAUUCAAGCCCAAGAUCUUGGGUGCGAUCUUGUGCGCAUUAGCCAGCCGGCUCUGUCUGAGGCUGACAACCUCGAAGCACAAGAAUUUCUCAGGACUGUGAGAGAGUCUAUAGGUAGCCGAACUCCUGUCAUUGCAUACAAUACUGGCCAUCUCGGUCGCAAGUCUCGGGUCCUUAAUCCGAUACUAUCACCGGUCGUCAGCACUCUAUGCACAGCGUCUACAUUCUCUCAACACCAAGAUAAGGAGGGGCUUUUCACUGUUCAGGAGGCGCAAAACGCCCUAUAUUCUUCAUUCACGCUAGAGCCUAUGCGAUUUGGAAUAUUUGGUCGUGGGAUCUUUUUCAGUCUCUCCCCGGCAAUGCAAGGUUCCGCCUUUCGAUACUCCGCCAUGCCCCAUACGUACCAGGCUUUCGAUUCGUCGUCCCUCCAGAACCUGGCUCUCUUUGUUAAGUCUACGAACUUUGGUGGUGCAAGCAUCACAUCUCCGUUUAAGCAGGAGAUCAUACCCUUGAUCGACUUCUUAAGCCCUGAUGCUCAGGCGAUCGGAGCUGUCAACACAGUCAUACCUUUGCGGAGUGUUGGCGAUAACGCGCUGCUAGAUCGGACGUCGAGAGGGCCGGUGUUGGCUCUUUACGGCGAGAACACGGAUUGGAUUGGAGUUCACACUAUGGUCCGCCGGAACCUGUCACCCGUGAAUGCCGUCAAGCCAUGGACAUCUAGCCUGGUACUAGGCGCGGGUGGCAUGGCCCAUGCGACUGUAUACAGCCUGAUACGACUUGGAGUGCAAAACAUAUGGAUAUGGAAUCGCACUAUGGCACAUGCGAAGACUCUUGCUGCGAGGUACAAUGGAAAGCGAUACUCUGUCCCGAGACCCGAUAUGGUGUUUUUGCAAGAGUCGCAAGACCGACAAGAAGACAAGUAUUUCGGCCCGGCGAACGUCAGGGUAGUUGAAACUCUAAACGAGGACUGGGAAGCCUCUGUCAGACUACCCACCAUAAUUGUAUCAUGCAUCCCCUCUCCAGAUAUCGAUAUCCCUUCGUCAUGGUUAUCAAGUAAAACUGGGGGAGUAGUCGUCGAGCUAGCCUACGACCGCCUCGAGACUCCUCUGUUGAAGCAAGUGCGGGAACUGGGAAGGCAUGAGUGGAUCAGAGUUCACGGCUUACAUGUGCUUCCCGAACAGGGAAUUGCUCAAUUUGAGCUUUUCACCGGUCGCAAGGCACCAGAGAAGUUGAUGCGCACCGAUAUGUUGCGCAGAUUUAAAAUUGCCGUGACCCGACCCUAA